UGAAUGAUUUUAUGCAUAUACGCAUAUUUGGCUUGAGGAAAAAGGUGAAGGCAUGACCCCACCAAAAAGGCCCAUCGCUUUGGACAAUUGCAAUCUACGUUUUGAACUCCAAAACUGUUUGACAAAAAUGGCCAAAGAACUCUUCCAAUUGGGUCUCUGUCUAACUGCUCUGUUCCCUUCCUCAACCCCGCUAACCUCUUUCCUCUCUCUAGAAUUACCAUAACCCUCUCUUGUGUUUCUUCCCUGUCCAUGGACAAGCAGCAGUUUUCACUGGCCAAGUGUUCAAGGCAGCGAUACAAUGAAUGGAUGUUUCGGGACGUCCCUAGUGAUAUCAAAAUACAAGUGAGCGGUGGAACGUUUGCCUUGCAUAAAUUCCCCCUCGUCUCCUGUUGCGGGCGAAUCAGAAAGUUGGUAGCAGGACACAGAGAUUCUGAUAUUUCAAGGAUAGAGAUAGAGCUUAUUAGCCUACCUGGAGGUGCUGAAACAUUUGAACUGGCUGCCAAAUUCUGCUACGGCGUAAACUUUGAGAUCACAUCGGCAAAUGUUGCUCAGCUAUGUUGCGUCUCAGAUUACCUCGAAAUGACCGAGGAGUUUUCAAAAAACAAUCUAUGCUCCCGAACCGAAGAGUAUCUUGACAGCAUUGUAUGCAAGAGCCUUGAAAUGUGCGUUGAGGUGUUGCAACAAUGCGAAAAUCUGCUCCCACUUGCCGAUGAGCUAAAAAUAGUAUGUCGAUGCAUUGAUGCGAUUGCUUCAAAAGCUUGCGUAGAGCAAAUCGCUUCAAGUUUUUCGCGCCUAGAAUAUAGUAGCUCGGGUAGACUCCACAUGAAUCGUCAAGCCAAAUGUGAUGGGGACUGGUGGAUAGAAGAUCUCUCUGUCCUGCGUAUUGACCUGUACCAAAGAGUCAUAACGGCUAUGAAAUGCCGUGGGGUCCGGCCCGAGAGUAUAGGGGCGUCUCUCAUGAGUUAUGCACAAAAAGAGUUGUCCAAGAAAUCCAGCUUGUGGAAUACAUCCAGACAGCCAAAAGUUGAUGGAGUUGAGGAUCCGAAUGGAAACGAAAGACUUGUAGUCGAAACGAUUGUAAGCCUUUUGCCCGUUGAGAAGCUUUCCAUUCCAAUCAGUUUUCUAUUCGGGCUUUUGCGAAGCGCUGUGAUGCUGGAUUGCAUGGUUUCUUCAAGGCUUGAUCUUGAAAGGCGGAUCGGGUCCCAGUUGGAUAUGGCUACUCUCGAUGAUCUUUUGAUCCCCUCCUUCCGCCACGCUGCUGACACUUUGUUUGAUGUCGACACGGUCCACAGAAUCUUGGUUAACUUCUCCCAGCGAGAUGACAGCGAAGACGAGAUGGAAGAUGCCUCGGUGUUUGAGUGUGAUAGUCCUCAUUCCCCAUCGCAAUCUGCAUUGUUCAAAGUUUCGAAAUUAGUGGACAAUUACCUUGCUGAAAUCGCACCCGAUGCAAACCUCAAGCUCAACAAGUUCAUUGCAAUCGCAGAUGUCUUGCCAGAGCAUGCGCGCACUACUCAUGAUGGGUUGUAUCGGGCAAUCGAUGUUUAUCUCAAAGGUCAUCAGGGUUUAUCAGACGCGGACAAGAAAAAGGUCUGCAAACUGAUCGACUUACAAAAGCUCUCCCAAGAAGCUGGUGCACAUGCUGCACAAAACGAACGCCUUCCUCUCCAAUCGGUAGUCCAGGUGCUUUACUUCGAGCAGUUAAGGCUCCGAAAUUCGUUGUCAUGCUCUUACCCUGAUGAUAAUCACAAGCCAAUACACCACUCCUGGCGGAUCAGCAGCGGUGCUCUCAGUGCUUCGUUGUCUCCCCGGGACAACUAUGCAUCGCUCAGAAGAGAGAACCGAGAGCUAAAACUUGAGCUAGCUCGGUUAAGGAUGAGGCUCAACGAUCUAGAGAAAGAUCAUGUUUGUAUGAAGAGGGAUCUGCUGAAGUCCAACUCUCGUAGGUUCAUGAGCUCUUUCUCAAAGAGUAUUGGGAAGUUGAACUUUUUUGGUCGUACUUUUUCGAGGGGAUCGGGUUCUCCGUCAAGGAAUUCACGAAGGACAGAGUCGAAGAUAACUGAAAGAACGUGAACAAGCAUUGUAGGUACCACUAAUUCACAUCACUUGGAAUUUUUUCUGCUGCUACUCUUGUGUAAUUACGCGUUUAAGGUCAUUAGCGACCCUUUUUCAGUCGUCAGCUUCGUUUUCUGUAUGUUGUGGAACUCUCUUUCUUUUAUCCUGUGUACGGGGAGAGCAAUCAUAGAACUGUGUUCUCCUUCUAAUUUACAUUUUGAGAUAGCAUUAAAGUUCCUGUGACUGUCAAAUCGGCAAAUAUGCAAAUACUUAGUUUGGUUCGUGAGAAGAUACACAUAAAGCAGAGAAAUUUGGUAUCCUACAACAUAGGUGCAUGUCCUCUUACAAGGCAGGAGUACUAUUAUCACAAACAGAUUCAAACUCGCGAUUGCUUAGACAUGGAGGGAGUUUCACCCGUACUUUCGCCAGUGAGGCUACCACCUUGGUGACAAUCAAGGGCGGAGUUGCUGGUUUAUAUGUGCUUAUCCAAAAAAAAUAACUAAAUUAAGAGGUUAAUUAUAAGGUAGCAAGUUCGGUCACAAGAACAUCAGCCAUUUGGACUCACCAACCAUGUCUGUAUAAAUUUUACCAGCACCAUUCAAUACUAGAACAUCAAGACCCAAUGUAUCUUAAUAAAUCCAUUCAUGAGAAAGACAAUCUCAAAUCCGAAACCACAUGACAAUCAAACAAUCUACGAUUUUUGGAGCUUCGAUUGCUAACGCGAACUUAUUAUGGGUGGAAUUUAAAUUCCACAGCACACUCAAUUCAAGACGAUUUCGUAUAGAAACGGAUUCCAACAGCCACGCCCAAGAUGAUGAGGGGGACUAAGAAUUGAAGUAGCUUGAUGAUGAACUCUGAUGUCUUGUCCUGGUUGUAGUGAGGCUGCUUGGGAGGAGUGUACUUUGUCUUGGAGGGAAUGCUUGACGAAUCAAUGUCCCCAACAUAGAACUCAUCCAUCAUGGCUCUAGCACUUGUACUGUGCCCAACAUCCUCAAAAUCAUCCGUUGCAUCCUUCCCUGUGAAGGACA